CUGCCCUGGUCCCCACAAGAGCAGGCAGACACGGUGGCUCCGCGGGAGAAGGGAGUGCUCUCAGGACGUCUGCUCUGCACGCUGAAGGGCAGGAUGGUUCUGAGCGGGGCCCUGUGCUUCCGAAUGAAGGAUGCAGCAUUGAAGGUGCUUUAUCUGCAGGAUAACCAGCUGCUGGCCGGUGGGGUGCAUGCAGGGAAGGCCGUGAAAGGAGAGGAGAUCAGUGUUGUCCCCAAUCGGUUUCUGGACGACAGCCUUUCUCCAGUCAUCCUGGGCGUCCAGGGAGGGAGCCAGUGCCUGUCAUGUGGGAUGGGGCAGGAACCGACUCUGAAACUAGAGCCAGUGGACAUUAUGGAGCUCUACCGCAGCCCCAAGGAUUCCAGAGGCUUCACCUUCUACAGGCGGGACACGGGGCUCACCUCCAGGUUCGAAUCGGCUGCCUUCCCGGGCUGGUUCCUCUGCACGGUGCCGGAAGCGGACCAGCCUCUUAGGCUCAGCCAGCUCCCGGGAGAUGCCAGCUGGGACCACCCCAUCAUGGACUUCUACUUCCAGCAAUGUGACUAGGGCAACCCACCUCCCAGGACCCCGGGGCAGAGCCCGCAGGGGUGAGUGGAGGAGGAGGAGGAGGGCCAGGCGACCCCGCUCCUCUGUUCUUGGGCCCCCACUUGAUUGACUCGGCACAUGGCCACUCUCCCUUCUCCUAGUUCCCAGUUUGGGUAAAUCCUUCUAGAUUUGGCGAUUAGUUCCAUUUCUUUCCCCGCUGGGUGGCGCUCCAGGUGUGGAACCUUUCAAAAAUGACACGAGGUAAAAAAGGGGAGUGGUGGGAAUCCUCAUGCUUCCCAGUGCCCCUGAACCCCACAGGCCAGCCCCGUCCCAACUUGAGCCUAUUAGGGCCACCAGCUGCCCACAUGGGGUCCCAUCACCACCCCUGUGCAGGGUCAAGGGUUAGGGACCCAAGGCCCAGUUCCUUCCCCUUCCCUUAAUUGAGCUGCCAUCAUAUAUGCCUUCUCCAUCCCCACCAUCACGCUCUCACCAUGGGCCUAGCAGGGUGGUGGUGCCCAAGGGCGUGGCUCCAGCUCGGAAGACUGAGGAUGGGCAGGCAGUCACUACUUUUGAAACCCAAGGUACAAUUAAAAUCCAAGAUGCUGGUAUCUGUUCACAUGGAGAUGCUCUCGACACAGUAAGCGAGAAGAGCAAGUUACACAGUGGCGUAGCUUAUAAUUCCAUUUUAAUUAAAAAUACAUAUUUAAUUAAAAAUAUAGGAAAAAGUC